CGCGCGCCGUCCCUCCCCGCCGCCGCCAAGACCGGCGCCAUGCUCGUGAAGUGGGCGCUGCUGGGCCUCAGUCUCGGGCUGCUCCGCGUGGAGGCGGGGCGCGGCCGCGGGUCCCCCUCCACCACCACCCCCGCGCCGCCACCCCUGCCGGGGCCUGUGGACCUCACCCUGGCGCUGGACCGCAACGCCUCCUCGCCGGAGCAGCCCUUCACCGUCACCAAGAACGCGUCCGCCUGGGGCGAGUUCGGCUGGACGUCGACGCAGACCUCGUGCAGCAGCGGCCAGGCGGGCACGCACAUGCAGGCGCCGUACCACCUCAACGAGCACGGCUGGAAGGUGGACGAAGUGCCCUUGGAGAGGCUGCUCGUGGCAGCGGUGCUGCUGGACGUGUCCGCCGAGGUGGCCGCCAACGGCAGCUUCCUCCUCACCGCCGACCACCUCAUCGCCUGGGAGAAGAAGCACGGCGGGCUGCCCGACAACUCGGUGCUGCUCAUCAACUUCGGCACGUCGGCCCACGGCGGGGCGCGCGGCGCGUCCAGGAACCCGUCGGUGACCACCACCGCGACACCCAGGACCACGCCGCUCAACCCAGGCCUGUCGCAAGGCGCGGCUGUCCAUCUCACUACACUCGGCCGCGUGGUCGGCGUCGGCGUGGACCUGCCCGCCCUGGACGCCGUCGGGACGCCGCGCGGCCGCGGGGAGCCGGCGGCGCGGGCGCUCAUGGCGGAGAAUGUGUACGCGCUGCUGAACCUGGAUCUGAGCCGAGAGUUGCCAGCGAAGGGCUUCUCGCUGCUCGUGCUGCCUCCCAAAGUGCGCGGGGCCGCCGUGGCGCCGGUGCGCGUCGUCGCCACCACCAGGUCGCCGUCGCCGUCCCGCGCGGCAGCCGCGGCCGUCCUGCCCAGCACCAAGAUGGCCAUCGGCACUGUCCUGUGCCUCUACCUCGUGCAGCGCCAAUCGUAGCCCCUUACGAGUCUUUUUAUAUUUUCCUCUGAUUUCUCUUCUCUAAGUUACUGACUAGCUGCAAACCAAGUAUUAUUUUUAUACUGUUAGUAUUUACCUUAUUAUUUGCUUGUUGUGUUUUGUUUCUUUUUGUCUGUUUUCUGUGCCAAUCAUUGUGAUAGUUUAGGCAUUUGAGUGUCGAAAGGCAUUGCCCAAAUAAAUUUGUGAUGCUCUUACUUUACAGGGAAUGAUCACAACUUUCAA